CGACUUUAAGAUUAUCUAAUCGAAUAUUCAAUAAAUUCAUGUAUUAAGUCAGUUCUGAGUACAUUAGUUCAUAGUCUCUUAAACAGUCACAAAGAGAGAUCAAACUAUAAGCAAGUUUGCAAGAGAAUGGCUCUCAAUACGAUUUUGCUAUCGAUUCCAUUUAUUGCGUCGAUUGGACUGUAUUUUACACUCUUAAUACCGGAACACAUUCCUUCGUUGUGGUCGACUGUCGUCAAGUGUUUACCGAUUUUGUCCCUAGCACUUUUCACAAGACUGCACGAAGGUUUCGUCGAUGAGACUAGAAUCAAUCGCAAAAUUUUUACUGGACUCCUAUUCUCAUGUGUGGGAGACGCGUGUCUUAUAUGGCCGGAAUAUUUUUUGUAUGGAGUCGUAGCAUUUGGUGUGGCACAGAUUCUUUUCAUAAGAGCUGCUGGAAUUGAGCCACUCAAUCUGAAAUUGGGUCUUGUGUUCAUUCCGUAUGCAAACAUUGUACUAUACCUAAUUAGAGCGGGAGUAAUGGAACAGCCAAUUGUACUUGCUGCAGCAGUUUUUCUGUAUUCACCAAUUUUGUUAGGUCGAGUUUGGUUGGCAUGUUCUAAGUUUCUGCGACACCCUGGUAACUCGACGAAUGCACUUGAAAGCAUUGCAGCACUGUCGUUUAUGGUAUCAGAUUCAUACUUGUCUUUGAAUCGUUUUUACUCCGUCUUACCUUAUCAUCAAGAAAUUGUUAUGUUCACAUAUUAUUUAGCACAGGCAGCUGUAACAUUUACCGUGCUUAAUGAAUCGAAGCGUGGGAAUAAAAAGAGCAAAAUAAAGUAGAUGAUCAGA